ACCAGACGCGUAUCCAACGGCGCCUGAUUUUCUCCUCACAUACCCUCAAUGCAUUCGGGGCCACUGGAUCCAGAUACGAUCUUUAUAAACAAGCCUGUUUGAUACCUAAAUACUAGCCGCACGAAGUUCCCCUCUUUGGCAAUCCGAUUCCGACUCCCGACUAAGAACCCAUUUCCAAUUCGCCGCCAUUCCCCGAUGUGUCGAGUUUGACUAUGUCCACUUCCACUCCGCCCCCUCCCUCCAGCGGAGCUCCCACACCUCCUGUCCUCCUCCCAACUUCUACCGGCGGCUCAACGACAAACCAUAUAUCUCCCUCUAUCAUCCAGUCUCCAUCCCUAUCCACACCCGCACCGGCAGGCGCAUCCCAGACCACACCAACAUCCCCCUUCAAGUUCCCCGCAACCUAUUCCUUCCCACCCUUCUUCACCCUCCAACCAAACACCACAACCCGCCUUUCACAGUUCCAAAAAUGGUCCACGCUAAUCCAGGCCUGGUGUCGUCAUCAUCGCAUCUACCGUCUCUCGCUCAUAGAUGCCGUUGACUCUCCACUCUUCCAUAACGCGGAGCUGCGUAAGCGGCUUAGUCUGGCAGAUGCAAGGACUGUUGUUGAUUGGAUGGUUCGUGGGGAGGGAGGCGGACGGAGGGCGGAGUGGGUUGGUGGAGAGUCUGGGGGAAAGGCCGUAGCGUGGAUCUGGUGGAGGACACCUGAGGAAUGGGCUGGGGUUUUGGCGGAUUGGGCGGAAGAAACUGCGCAGAAAAAUACCGUGCUUACGCUCUAUGAGCUGGCGGAAGGGGAAGCCACUAUUUCGCAAGAAUUCCACGGCAUGGAUCCCGACGUUCUAGCAAGGUCCCUUAACGUUCUGGUCAAGAGGGGCAAAGCUCAGGUAUUCGGCAGCGAGGAUUCACAGGGGGUGAAAUUUUUCUGAGAACCGCGCGGGUGAACAAAAAGGAGAUAUGGAGCGUGAGCUGGGUUACUAGAAAAACAAAGAGAAAGAAUGUAAGUUGAAGUUAGAUAACAAGCCUCAGGAAGAAAGCCUGGCCCGAUCAGAAUGCCGCCAUCGCCUUCGAUGCAAACCAUAACCAACGAAAACGCCCUGUCACGCCGGGUAAAAUAUGUACAUGGCCAUACAAACCACCAUAUCAACAUUGUGCCACAUACAUUAUCAAAGUUAUGCAAAGCUACGCGUCAGCCAUCUGAAUAUCUUCUUCUUUCAGUUCUAGAGAAUCAUUCCACCGCCAUUCCUGCGCCAUGGCAAUAUUCAAUAGCCAAUCCGGCUGAACGAUCUUGGGAAUUUUCUUCGCAUUCAACACCAUAUUCCUGAACUUCGGCCAUAACCGCACAUGGCUCUUUUCAGUGCCGCUGAUGAGAUAUAUUUCAUCAAAACUUGGAGCCCCAUCAUUCCCCCUAUUUUCAUCACUACUGCGACGUCGAUUUGGCAGUGUGAUGCCAGAUCGACCACGGAACAGGAGACAUUGGCCCCCAUUGGUUUCGACGAUGGAUUUAAAUGCUUCAAAGCCGCCAGUAAUGGUUUCAACGCAGUAUAGUAUCCUGCCAUCGAGCAGUUGGUUUUUGUUUUCAAGCGCAUUGAGCCUAGCUUUGUCCAGUGAGAGGUUGUAUUUGCCCUCAGACUCAGGGUCACGUAAAAGGAAGUCGUUCGGGUUCAGUAGUUGGUUCUGCUCAAGGCACGCAUUCACAAAAUCCGUGUGGAGGAUUAUAGGUGCAUAGGCAAUGGCGUUGACGAAUUUAUGCGUACGUAAGACGGAUGGGGCCGCUAGAUGUGUGCAUUUGUUGGCAUCUUGGACGACCUGGAUACCUAACUUGCGUAGGAGGCGCUAUACAAUUUCCAAGGGUUAGCUGAAAACAAAGGCCCCUUAUAAUUCAAAAUAGCACCUCAACGGCAUCGGAAGGAAUAAUGUCACCAACCCUGUCUGACUCCUCCAAUUUCAAAUCCCCAACCCAUUUUUGAAAGCCAGUGAGCAAAAGAUGCAUAACAAUAGGGACUUGCGCCUGCUUCGACUUUUUGGCACCAUUUGUAUCUUCAAUAUCUGUUUCGUCUUCUGGAUCCAUCGACCUCUUGCGAGAAGAAGCUCUCUCGUUUGGGUCACUUCUCCUUCGACCACCGUAAAUAACUCCGCCCACACGUUUCCUUUCUUUUUCGUAUAGCGCGAUGUCGGGGGCAAUUUCUUGUAAUCGUGCAGCGGCUACGUCUUUGGAUUUUCUACUUCCCGUCGUUGAAGGGGUAGCGUUCUCCUUGCCCUCCGCGAUAAAUCUGGAAAUCUGUGGGGUUUGAAGAUGCGAAUCCUUAGAUUUAGCUAAAGACUUGUUGGGUUUGGGUACUUUAGGCGUUCCUUCCGCCGGAGCUGGUAGAUGGGCUGGUUUUCCCUUGGUAGGUUCUGAAAUAUGUGUAUUGUGAUUGCUUGGAAAAUUGUUAUUUUUCGGGCGCAUGACUGCAGAGGGAGAUUUCCACUCGGGAACCGCAGCAUCUUGGUGUCCCCAAAAAUGUUCUUCAAUGGCAAACCGAUCGAUUUUAGUUUGGCCAACGAUUUCUCCCAGGUUGGUCCGGUGCGGGAAAUGGGUGUAGCGGGGGUCGGUAAUGGUUUGGAGCUGCCACCUAGCAUAGCUCUCUUCGAGCCAGAGGUGAUUGAUAAUAUGGAUAUUCCACUCCUUGGCUGCGGUGCAUUUUUCACUUGUACCAUGCGCCGUGAUAAGAUGGGUAUUGUCCUGUUUUAACGUUUUCGUGCACUCAGCGCCGGCAGCGACGAUUAAAUUUUCCAGGUAUAUACGUGCUUCCCCCGCGUAAUUUGACAAGCUGAUCUUGAAUCCUUUAAAGCCCGGGAUUCCAUGUCUAGCGAGUGGAUAGUGGAGCAGCCGCCGUAAUGGAGAGAUCCAUGAAUUAUGGGUGAUAAGAUGGAAGAGCCAAGAUAAGUUCCCGACGUCCUUGCCCAGUCUUGAUGCCGACCUGUACUCUUCCCCUUCGCGGUAGCGGCAAAUGUAUAGGUCGGUAUCCCGGACAUUGCUUGUCACAUGGCCGCCGCUUUUUACGAUCAGGUCUACAAGAGACUUAUGAAGGCGUGCAGCAAUCGCCAGGUCUUCCGACAACAUCACGGUCUUUCCCUCAAAAACAUUUAAAUCGCUCCGGACCUCCUCACGCAGUGAUUCAGGAGACAGAACCUUUGGCUCUGGUGUUGAUGCGCCAAUGAUACUUUUAUUUUCGGUGAUUCGGACAGGCGCGUCAUGACGCAAUCGAAGGAUCUCCGGAUCUGGUAGCAAAUAAGGACGUUCGUCGAUUCUCUUCCCUAGUUUAAGACAAUCAUCAAACCUGGUGAAGGGCGUUAGAUAAUCCUCAUUAAUAUGGACAAUGGAGUUGAAGGGGAAAAAAAAAGUCAAGUACCAAUGGGGAAGAACUAUUUUGAUGUCUAGGCCUCUGUUUAAAAGACUGACGCAUUUGUCAGAGUCCAGCGUCAAGGCCACCAGAUGAGUUGUAGUGCGCGUAAUUUUGGAGCUGCAUAAUCCUCCCAUCGCCACUACCCCUCCGAAAAUGGCAUCCUGAUCACCCUCAGGAAUAUCCACGCAUGCGACAACAACGUCGUUUAGGAAUAAUCUCGGAUCAGGAUUAUAGUGUCUGGGGUUGACGAGCUUGUUUUUCGAAAUUGACGCAUUCACCCAUUGGGGUUUAACCACCGGUACCAACGCGUCGCAAGCCGCAUCAUGGCCAGGGAAGUCGAUGGUGGAGGACACGACAUGAGUAAAUUCAUGAACCCGGGGUAACGACGCUGGUAAUCGGUGGAGAGUGACUUCACCUCCAUGAUUCUGGAUAGCAGUUGAAAGCUGAACCGAUGUUAGUGAACUUGCGACGAGGGAAGGAAAUAUAUGGUUCAUUUACCUGGGCGGUAUCAUCAACUUCGUUUGAGUUCGGGCAGAUAAUACAAAUUCUGCACUGAGAGAACAAUUUCGGAUCGUCUUGUAGUUGCCCAUCCGCCAUAUUUGUUAAUUCAUCAGGUCAAAAGGCCUUUGGCACGGAGAACAAGAUAUCGCAAAAGAGAGGGAGUUGUUAGGUACUGAGGACGCGAGCGUUGGUUGGAACGCGACGCCAAAUCACAUGACAUCAUUCUCACCUCCUACUCGCCUCUUAGACUUACUAAUUAAGUUAACUCUCCGAGCUUACUUCUACGGCAGUCUAUAGUGACAAAUGUGUCAAAUGACAAUGUUUUUUUAGUGUAAAGGCUUAAUUCCAC